UGGAAGCGCCAUAACAUGUAAAAUUUGGGGGCAAACCCAAAUAGUAAAAUACACGAUUUUGUCGGGAGUUGGAUAAAGCUGAGGAAACAAAAAGAUGAUAGCAACUCAGAGUCUCUCCUCCUCCGUUCUACUGCCGUUGCUUUGCCUUACACCGCCGGUCCACCGCCGCGUCGCUCGUUCUCAACUUUCCGAUAUUGAGUUCUCGUCGAAACUUCCGUCAAUUACUUCCCUUUCUUCUCACAAAUUUUGCAAACGUACAAGGACUAGUACAGUUCGUGGAAUCAAUUCCAAUGACCCAAAAGAGUCGGCCUUCUUCAACGAAAACGGAGUGGUUGAAGAUAUGGAUAGCUAUCUCAAUUAUCUUUCCCUAGAGUAUGAUUCUGUAUGGGACACCAAGCCCUCCUGGUGUCAACCUUGGACAAUAACUCUUACUGGAACAGUGAUAAUUAGCUUGAGCUGGCUGAUUCUGCACUCGGCUGUAGCCACUGCAGUAGUGACGACUACAAUUGCAGCAUGGUGGUACAUAUUUCUUUAUUCUUACCCUAAGGCAUAUUCAGACAUGAUUGCAGAGAGAAGAAAGAGUGUGAUAAGCGGUAUAUUCUAUACACCAGUAAUGUUACGCCUCUUGGGCAACAAUACUCUGUUAGGUGGAGGGUGAGGAUGGUUGUUUGUCUUAUAUCCAUGUUGCUUUGAUGAGUUUGAUGUAAAUGUUUAUAGUUCAGCCGUGUUUAGCAUGUGAUUACGAACAAGAUUUUCAUCGAACAAACUGCAGUGGAUCGAUGUUGCUAUGGACCAAUCUUUAGUAGAUACAGUAGAGGUGUCAUUGUAUGCAGUUUUUAAUUGUAGUCGAGUACUUUCGAUCUAUGCCCUAACCAAAGUGCAGCAGACUUUGAUCUUC